CAGAGCUGAAGGGUGGAUACAAUCAAUAACGUAACAAGAGACCCGGUGGUGUCUCGCGGGAAUGUACACGCUUUAUCAUCAAAAGACAAUGGUAUUAAGGAACAUUUAAUCAAGGGCUUUUGUGUAUAGUGCCACGAUUAUCAAUCAUGUUUUUAUGUCCACUCAUGUCCAACUAUAACCUAUGACCAUUGUACAUGAUAGGUUAUGUCACAUUGUGCGAUAUGGAUUUACUCCUAGUAUCCACUUUGAUCUGUGUUUUGGACCACGUUACACCGUUCCUGGUUAAAUUUAUAAUAUCGCGACAAUACGCGCGAAAGAAGUAUGACUGUGACUUGCGGCACCAGCUGAUGGAUUUGAGAUGGGAGAUGACAGGGAUUUCUAUGGUAAAUGAAUUUGCUAGGUACGCCAGGCUCCAACGCAAAUACAACAAAUUAGAAAGUGUCUUGAAAGACAACAUGAAACAACGGUACAAUUGGAGAACAAAACUGCAAUUGUCCUUAACUUAUAUUUCUUAUGUGAUGAAUGGGAUGUUAUUAUUGUUGUUGAUAUACAUGUAUAACAAUGCACUAGUAAUUGAUUUGCCAAAAGAUGUGCUAUGGCCAAUCCAAGGUCUCUUAAGCUGGCCAACUCAGCAUAAGAAUGGUAUUUCUCUGGUAAAUUGGAUCAUGAUCGCCAAAUCAGGGAUCUCUUCAUGCAAAAAGCUUUACAAAUAAUUUGGAGAUGGUUUUAUACAAUAGAGAGUUGUUUAUAAUUUAUCAUAAUUUCUACAAUAUAUUAAUAGCAAAGCUAGAUAACGUUGCUUGCACAAUUGCCCUAAGUCCAGAACCAGCUAAAGUUUGAGAAAUCCAUUUGCGAAUUGCCAUGUUUAAGGAAAAG